AUGAUGCCUAAAACGCCGUUACUGCUGUUGCAGAUGCUGCCGUGGUUCCUCGUCGGAAUGUCGGAGAGGGACAAUGGAUGCCUCUUUUUCGUCGUCGAUGCGCAACUUUGCAGAAAUGCAAGCUUGGAGUGCGCAUUUUCCGGACUCGCUGCCACGGGUGUGACGUCACCAGCGACCAGUCUACAAAAGGAGCAACGCGAGAACAUCGGCUUCAGAGGGCAUGGCACUUGGCUGACAAGCAUGAUGCCUAAAACGCCGUUACUGCUGUUGCAGAUGCUGCCGUGGUUCCUCGUCGGAAUGUCGGAGAGGGACAAUGGAUGCCUCUUUUUCGUCGUCGAUGCGCAACUUUGCAGAAAUGCAAGCUUGGAGUGCGCAUUUUCCGGACUCGCUGCCACGGGUGUGACGUCACCAGCGACCAGUCUACAAAAGGAGCAACGCGAGAACAUCGGCUUCAGAGGGCAUGGCACUUGGCUGACAAGCAUGAUGCCUAAAACGCCGUUACUGCUGUUGCAGGUUAGUUACUACUCUACGUAUCGCAGUGAUAAUAGAUGCUUGUUCGUCCUGCCAUGCCCUCGUAGAUGUUGUGCUAUUUUGGUGGAUUGCUGGUCAAUACUGCUGUUGCUGCUGAUGGCCGGGGAUGUUGAGGAAAAUCCAGGCCCAAAAACUGCUGAAAUCUUGCAGGAAAUUCUGGGAAAUCAAAAUGCAUUGGAUCGCAAGAUAGAUGAUAUCAAGAAAGAAAUUGCAGAAGUGAAUGCUAAAACUGAUAAGAUGCAAAGUGUGCUAGCCAUGUUCGACGAAAUGAAAACUAGAAUAGAUAAAUUGGAGACCACCGUACGAAAACAGUCUGAAAAGUUAAUCGAUUAUGAAAAUAGAAGCAGACGAAAUAAUCUUGUGGUGUUUGGUCUUACUGAAAGCGCGAACGAGUCUGCACAAGUGUUAAAUAAACGCGUUGUAAAUGACAUUUUUUCUAAAGUUCUUGGCAUAGAAAUCACUACAGUGGAAAGAAUUCACCGGAUUGGCAAAGUAAAUCCUGAUAGACCAAGGCCUGUGAUCUUGAAAUUUUAUGACUACAAGGAAAAGAAUACCGUCCUCAAAAGCUGCGCAAAGCUAAAGGGAACUUCAAUCAGGAUAAGUAAUGACUAUGCGAAGGAAACUGUGCUGAUACGAAAGAAGUUAUGGGAAAGUGCUGCCUUGGACAGGGACGCAGGCGCAAAAGUAGUUCUUGUGCACGAUAAACUUCGGAUAAACGAUCAGUUAUACGCAUGGGAUGACGUCAGAAACAAGCGCUACUUGCUCUCGGGCAAACGUGAUACUGAUCAAAUGAAGCGAAGUGAGCGUGUUGUAUCAAGUAAGUCAAAUGGAUCUGAUAGCUCAUGCAGCUCAUUUGAGACACCAAAAAAAUAG